ACUUCCCUUCUGAAACUAGCCUAGUUUUUAAGCUCACUACAUUCUCUCUCUAAACCAGAGUUUCUCUCUCUAGAAAGAAAUGGCGGCGGCGGCGGCGGCGGCUGUGAAUGGAGUGAAGUUGGGGUCGACGUCGCAGGCGUACCUGGAGGGCAAGGCGGUGAAGGAGACGAGGGUUCUGAUAGCGGAGCUCUGCCGGCAAUUCUACACCCUCGGAUGGGUGUCGGGGACAGGUGGCAGCAUCACAAUCAAGGUCACCGAUGACACUAUUCCCAAGCCCCAACAGCUCAUCCUCAUGUCUCCCUCUGGUGUUCAGAAGGAAAGAAUGGUCCCCGAGGAUAUGUAUGUAUUGUCUCCAAAUGGGGCUAUCUUGUCUGCUCCAUCUCCAAAGCCGUACCCACAUAAGCCUCCGAAAUGUUCCGAUUGUGGUCCACUUUUUAUGAAGAAAGCCAAGAGCCGAUUGGUAUCGUGGGAAAAGAGAUCAAGGAAUCUAAAAGGCAAGGCAUAUGAAAUGCGUAAUGCUGGAGCCGUUAUUCAUAGCCAUGGUAUCGAAUCUUGUCUUGUCACAAUGAUCAAUCCACAAGCAAAGGAAUUUAGGAUUACUCAUAUGGAGAUGAUCAAAGGAAUACAAGGGCAUGGUUAUUAUGAUGAACUUGUGGUCCCUAUAAUAGAGAACACUGCCUAUGAAUACGAGCUUACAGAAUCUCUUGCCAAAGCUAUUGAAGCCUACCCAAAAACAACAGCUGUACUUGUUCGCAACCAUGGCAUCUAUGUAUGGGGAGACUCAUGGAUCAGUGCGAAAACUCAGGCCGAAUGUUAUCACUAUCUCUUUGAUGCUGCAAUCAAACUCAAUCAGCUGGGUCUGGAUUGGUCCACUCCAAACCAUGGUCCAAUUCAAAAUCUUAAAGGAGAUUUCAGAAGUUGCGUGAACAGAAACAUAUCUGUCAAGGCAGGGACUGAAGGUUCAAAUACUGAAUUUGAGCGACGUUUUGUUGUUCUUGACAUUGAGGGAACUACAACUCCGAUAUCGUUUGUUACUGAUGUUCUCUUUCCGUAUGCCCGUGAUAAUGUUGCAAGGCACUUGUCUGCGACAUACGACACUGCAGAAACCAAAGAUGACAUAGAAUUGCUGCGUUCUCAAGUUCAAGAUGACUUAAAAAACGGUGUUAGUGGUGCUGUUCCUGUCCCCUCUGAUGAUGCAGGUAAAGAGGCAGUUAUUGCAGCUUUGGUUGCUAAUGUGGAAGCCAUGAUAAAAGCUGAUCGGAAGAUCACGGCCCUAAAACAAUUGCAAGGUCAUAUAUGGCGAACCGGAUUUGAAAAUAAUGAAUUGGAGGGCGUAGUUUUUGAGGAUGUACCAGAAGCUCUUGCCAGAUGGCAUGGUUCAGGCAUAAAGGUAUACAUUUACUCAAGUGGUAGCAGAUUGGCUCAAAGGCUUAUUUUUGGCAACACAAAAUACGGGGAUCUUAGGGAAUUUUUGUCUGGAUUUUUCGACACUGCAGUGGGGAACAAAAGAGAAACCCGUAGUUACGUUGAAAUUGCACAAUCUCUUGGGGUUGAUAAGCCAUCAGAAAUUUUAUUCGUGACGGAUGUCUUUCAAGAAGCAGUGGCGGCAAAGGCUGCAGGAUUGGAAGUCAUUGUAUCUGUCCGACCAGGAAAUGGACCUCUUCCAGAGAAUCAUGGCUUCAAGACGAUCAGUUCCUUCUUGGAAAUUUGAGAGCAAAUAUGUCCUUUUCCCAUGAUAAAUAAACCACAUGUAUUUAUGAGUUAAUAAAUAAAUAAAUAAACCGGGUGACAAAAACUUUCGUGUUCAAUGACUUUGUCCCACUCUCUUGUUCUGAUGGAAAGUAAAGUAUGGUUCAUUGUGGCCUAGUUUUGGUGCCA